AUGGGACUUGUUACAGUCGGAGAGCUGAAGCCAACUUUCACAGGAAAGAGAGGGUUUCGUCUGAAUUCAAGCAUCAGACAUGCAUCUGAAUGGCCGAUAUCUGAUGUCUCUAGUGAUCUCACAGUCCAAGUUGGAUCUUCGAGUUUCUGUCUUCAUAAGUUUCCUCUUGUGUCUCGGAGUGGAAAAAUCCGGAAGCUUCUCUCAGAUUCUAAAAUCUCGAAUAUUUGUCUGACGAAUGUUCCUGGAGGAUCAGAGGCUUUUGAGAUUGCAGCUAAGUUCUGCUAUGGAAUCAACAUUGAAAUCAACCUUCUCAACAUAGCUAAGCUCCGCUGUGUAUCUCAUUACCUAGAGAUGACAGAGGAUUUCUCAGAGGAGAAUCUCGCUGCAAAGACAGAACAUUUCUUGAAAGAAACAAUUCUCCCAAAUAUCUCCACUUCCAUCAUCGUUCUACAUCACUGCGAAGCCCUAAUCCCAGUCUCUGAAGAUCUCAACUUGGUAAAUCGGCUAAUGGUAGCAAUCGCCAACAAUGCUUGCAAAGAACAGCUAACCUCGGGUCUUUUGAAGCUUGAUUACACGUUUUCUGGUACGAACAUCGAACCAGAAACUCCGUUAGACUGGUGGGGAAAAUCACUAGCUGUUCUUAAUCUCGAUUUCUUCCAGAGAGUUGUCUCAGCGGUUAAGUCUAAAGGGUUAAGACAAGACGUGAUCAGCAAGAUUCUCAUAAGUUACACGAAUAAGUCGCUUCAAGGGCUAAUCGUCCGCGACCCGAAACUGGAGAAGGAAAGGGUUCUUGAUUUGGAAUCGAAGAAGAAACAGCGGUUGGUCGUGGAAACAAUAGUGAAGUUACUUCCCACACAAGGAAGAAGAAGCUCUGUUCCGAUGGCGUUCCUGUCAAGUCUUCUCAAAAUGGUGAUCGCAACAUCAUCAUCUGCUUCUUCAGGAUCAUGUAGAUCAGAUUUAGAACGAAGGAUUGGUCUUCAACUAGACCAAGCGAUCCUUGAAGACGUCUUGAUUCCGAUAAAUCCCAUCGGAAUCAACAACACCAUGUACGACAUCGAUUCAAUCCUGAGGAUCUUCUCUAUAUUCUUGAAUCUGGAUGAAGACGACGAAGAAGAAGAAGAGCAUCAUCAUCAUGGUCACCGGUUCGGAGACGAAACAGAGAUGAUUUACGAUUUCGACAGUCCUGGAUCUCCAAAACAGAGUUCGAUCUUGAAAGUAUCGAAGCUAAUGGAUAACUAUCUAGCAGAGAUAGCUUUGGAUCCGAAUCUGACGACCUCAAAGUUCAUAGCUUUAGCAGAACUACUACCAGAUCAUGCUCGUAUCGUCAGUGAUGGACUCUACCGAGCAGUGGACAUUUACCUCAAAGUUCAUCCGAAUAUAAAGGAUUCAGAGCGGUAUCGUCUCUGUAAGACGAUAGAUUCACAAAAGCUAUCACAAGAAGCUUGUAGCCACGCAGCGCAAAACGAGAGAUUGCCUGUGCAAAUGGCAGUACAAGUGUUGUACUUUGAGCAGAUCAGACUCAGAAACGCAAUGAGCAGUAGCAUUUGUCCUACUCAGUUUCUUUUCAGUAGUAAUUGUCAACAGUUUCCUCAACGGGCAGGAAGUGGAGCAGGUAGCGGAGCUAUAUCUCCAAGAGAUAACUAUGCGUCGGUGAGGAGAGAAAACAGAGAGCUAAAGCUUGAAGUUGCGAGGAUGAGGAUGAGAUUAACGGAUCUAGAGAAAGAUCACAUCUCGAUUAAGCAAGAACUCGUUAAAUCCAACCCAGGGACUAAGCUUUUCAAGUCAUUUGCUAAAAAGAUAACCAAACUCACUUCUCUUUUUAGUUUCAGUAGUCUUAAACCUUCCUUGACAGCCAAGCCAAUUUCUGAGGGCCGUUUCUUGUUUCCAAGAAGAAGAAGACACUCAGUUUCUUGA